AUGGCUUUUGGAAUGUUGUUGGCUGCGAAGGAGGCGAAGUUGGAGGCGAAGAUGAAGGAGGAGUUGGAGGCGAAGCUUGAAAUGCUACGCCGCCCGGCAAUCGCCCAUUCUACGCCCGGGGCCAUCUCGGACAAUCCUCGGACUGACGCAUCCACGCAACUUGCAGCGAAAGCGUUUGACGUUGAAUAUCGUACACCACAUUUGGCCUUGGACGACGCGUUCCAGCUUUUCGCGCAGGUUGCGGCCUCGAAGGAACGAGUGGAUGAGAGUCAAAGCAGCGGGUUUGAGAGUCGACUGCUAAAAAGUGGUGAGAGUGCUGGAAGAAGAGUUGCCUGGGAUACGCUCUGGUGUUUACGCCGGACGAGGCUGGUGAUUGUUACCACCGGCGUGAUUGAGACUAGCUACUUUCGACUGAAUUUCGCGCUCUCUCUGUUCUCUGACACGUCUGCCAAAAUGCCGAAACGGAAAUCCACGCUUCGAAGACCGCUGCAAGCCAUCUCAACCCGGGAUGCGUUUGCGAAUCUCCAGUUACCGGUUACUCUGAGCGAGGCAGCUUCUCCUGGUUACUGCGUUUCCUUCGGUCGACUCAUGUGGAAGGCUUUGUUUGGAGCAGUGGGGGAUGAUGUCGACGCGGCGGAUUUGAAAAAGUUCGCUGCAGAUAAGAUUGCAGCGUAUGGAUCCUUGAACACAGAGGGCGCGUGUUUCGCAACCACAGCAAUUCUGGGAGUGCUCCGAAUUCGACCACCAGUCGCCAUCGUGGCCUUGAUGUCUCACGACAUGGCCACCCUCCUGCACGUUUUUGAUGACUGA